UUCUCUGCCACACUUACUGAGCUCGACACCAAGGAAGACACCAAGUCUGACGAUGAAUCAAAGGGCAAGGAAGUUGAUGACAUCGAUGAUGAUGGCAAUGCCGAGCGGGCCAAGGCUGUCAAUGAUCCGAUAUCAGAAGACAAGUACAACAGCAAGAAGCGGCACAAACUGGUCAUUGACGGGGGCUUGGGUGCAGAUAUCAAUCUGGUAAACUUUGAAGGAUCUUUAGUUGAGAAUGAGGAGCGUGAGACUGGGCGGGUCAAAAUGGAGGUUUGGGGCAUAUUCUUCUCGGCAUGUGGAAGCCACUGGUAUUGGAUUGCUGUGCUUCUGCUAAACGUCCUGACAAAUGUGCUUAUGAUUGUUCAAGACUACUGGAUCCGCAUCUGGGUAGAGGCAAAUGACACGGCAAUUCCACCCGUGGUUCUACGCGAUUCCAUCGACACAGUAUCACCAACAGCAAACACCAACAUAGUCGGCCAGCAUACAGUAUCGUUUUGGAUCGGUAUUUACCUGGCAAUCGGCGUCAUCGAAGUUUUUGCGCUGUUUAUCAAGCUUGCCUAUGCAUAUUCUGGACUGAUCAAAGCCACCAGAAAUGUGCAUGCAAAGCUAAUCAUGUCAGUUGUCCAUGCUACACCGCGCUUCUUUGAUUCGACGCCAUUCGAUUCACUCAUUUGGAUGUUUGCAGACUUCACUGCUGCAUUAGGCGUUAUCGUCAUCAUCACUGCAGUUAUGCCGCCAUUCAUUUCUGUUGCUGUUGUCAUCACAGUCGCAUAUGUGGUGAUUGCCAAACGUUAUUUGGAUUCAACCCGCGAACUGAAGCGACUCGAGUCAAAUGCCUCAGCGCCACUGCUGUCACUGUUUGGCGAACUAAUACAGGGCGUAUCGUCGAUCCGCGCGUUUGGUCUCAAAAAGUACUACGUCAUGGAGGCUAUUAACAGAUCAGAUGAGCUGAAUCGCCCUGUUCUACCUAACAAUGGUGUCAAACCGUGCAACAGUGUCGUUCUUCUGCGCCUUCUUCAUCUUGUGGAAUGUCCACAGCUUCGACGCCGGUCUUGCUGGGUUUGCGUUGGUACAUGCACUGCACCACGCUCAGUCGACGCCGAGAACAAGCCCGUCAGCAACUGGCCCAGGACUGGUGAUCUUGAGAUUGAGGACCUGGUCGUCGAGUACGUGCCUAAUGUCCCAGUGUUGCAUGGCCUGAGCAUGUCGAUCAAGCAUGGCGAGAAGAUUGGUGUGGUUGGUCGCACCGGCGCUGGCAAGUCGACGCUGUCGCUGGCGUUCCUGCGGUUCAUCGAGGCAGCUAAGGGCCAGAUCGUGCUUGACGGGGUCGACAUCUCGAAGAUUGGCCUGGAGGAUCUCCUGCUGUUCAACGGCACUAUUCGCUUCAACCUUGACCCGUUCAGCGAGUACCCCGAUGAGAUUGUGUGGGAUGCGCUGCACCGUGCGCAUCUGGUGCGCGAGCGUGGCAGCCAGACCGCCAGCACCGCAAUCAGCGUGUUUGAAGGCAAUGCCAUCGACAGCUCGCUGGAGCGCAUGUCGGGCAUAUUCACUAGCCUGGAGGCCGAGAUCAAGGAGAAUAGCCAGAACCUGUCACUGGGUCAGCGUCAGCUGGUGGCGCUGGCUCGCGCUCUGGUCCGCCGGUCGCGGCUGAUCAUCAUGGAUGAGGCAACAGCGUCGGUCGAUUUCGAUACCGAUGACCGUAUCCAGCGCACGAUCCGUGGCUCCGAGUUUGCCGACUCGACCCUGUUCUGCAUUGCUCACCGACUGCGCACCAUCAUCGACUAUGAUCACGUGCUGGUACUGGACAAGGGCAAGGUUGCCGAGUUUGACACUCCGGCCAACUUGCUCAACAGACAAGGCAGUAUCUUCCGGAGCAUGUGUGAAAAGUCCGGCGAGUUUGAAUAUCUUGCCGAUGCUGCCAAGCGAGCCCAAGAUGCCAAGCAGUUUUCUUAAAAUUAGCACCAUUCAAUACAGAG